AUGGAUACACUGAGUAAUUUCCUGGAACUAAUGGGGAUAUUUUCUACUAUUGUAGCAGAAAAAUCUUGUUACCAAGGGUGGACAUUUCACCUCGACCAUUGCUAUAAGUCGUUUCCAGAGCCGCGUGCUUGGCGGGAAGCACGUGCUUAUUGUCGUCUGUUUCCAGAAGGAGACCUCGCCUGCUUCAUCACUGCAGCCGAUCAACACUUUGUUCAAACCGAGGUCAUUCAACGCCGAUCAGAACCUUACUGGAUAGGACUUCAAGGAAAUCUAUCAUCUUGGACAUGGGCAUCUGGAUCUGAUAUCAGCGCUUUCUCCAGUUUUAGAGGCGGAUCCACAAAUUUAAUAGGAAAUUCCGGUGACAAUUUGUGUGUGAUUCUAAGGAACAGCUGGUGGACGGCAGUGCCAUGCGAUGAAAGCAAUCGUUUUAUUUGUCAGGCAAAGAGCGUAGAGUGUCACACAGAAUUAGGAUGGAUCAUGACUAUUUCAAAACACUGCAUCAAAGUGAUGGCAGCACCCUCUGGGUGGUACGAUGGACGAAACACGUGCAGACGACAAGGCGCGGAUCUUGCUCGUUUUCACAGCAGAAGUGAACUUAACUUCCUCACACAAAACUUGAGCUUGCCAUAUAAUCAGUACUGGGUGGACCUAGGUUCUUUCGGAUCCAACUGUGAAGGGAUUAACAUAACAGAAAAUAGAGUGGAUCCUUUCUACGAAAAUUGCAGUAUCCAUCAAAUGUUUAUUUGUGAAAUAAGCUCCUGCGCAUCACGUGAUGAAGAGUACGGAUGUACGUCAAUGUUCUGUAUUUCACGGAAUCUUCUGUGUAAUGGACGUGGGGAUUGCCCCACCGGAAGUGACGAAUCUAUCUCUUUAUGUGGUAAGUCCACUGUAACAGAGGUUUCAUCUGAGGACGUCACAGAACAGCCUUAUAUAAGCAGCUCAGCCAACCAACGUGAUCAAUUCUCUAUAUCCAUGUCAUCGCAAAACACACCAAGUUCUUCCUUAACAGUAACUGUCGACAUAGGCCAAGAUGAAAUUACAGAGGCUUCCAUACAGUGCUUCAGAACAUUGGACGAAACCAAGAAAAACCUUUGUUACAAAGAGUUAGCACAAAAUUUCACUGGAAUCGUGGGAUAUGUGGGAGAGAUGAUUGGCGCCUUAAAUUUCCCGGAAAGUGUGAAGAUGUAUCUGGAUAUUUCUAAUGCCAUAUUGUCAUUAACUGCAGAGAAUGGCCGUUAUGCAAGUGUUUUUCACAUAAUGAACAUUUCCUCCGUAUUAGAAGAUGUUGAACGCGAUCUGACAUCGAGUUCCUUCUUUAACAAUGUAUAUAUUGAAGAAAGAGAAAACAUAGAGUUGCGAAUAAAAACGCAUGCCUGGAAGAUGGGUUCCAAUAGCAGACGUAGUGGGAACAAGACAAUUCAAUUGUUUUCAAAAGGUCAUAAAGGCAAUACUGAUGAUUUUGAAAACAUCUUGAUUAAUGGUUCCCAUGAAGACAACAUAACGAUAAUUGUGAUCAUUAUCGACAAUUAUCUAACAGACAACAGGACAAUGGGGACUAUUACAGAUGACGUGAUAAGAAUAAGCCCCGUGUUGUCCCUGUCAGCUUUCAAGGAGGGGGAUUAUAUCAGUCUACAUCAUACAUUUACACUACAACAUUACACUUCGAUCAUUAAGGUGAAUGAUGGUUUCCUGGAAAAUGGUACUGUAAAAUGUGGCUUUAUAGACAAGCAAACAAGGUCAUGGUCUUACGACGGAUGUGUGGUAUUGGUCUCAACUUCAUGGAAUACAACAUGCUUUUGUAACCAUACAACUAACUUUGCAAUACUUAUGCAGAUUAAGGAUUUCAAGGUUGAAAGAAACCAUGCUUUGGCCCUCAACAUAAUUACAUAUAUCGGAUGUACUGUUUCACUGAUCACUCAAGUAAUCGCCAUCACUGUGUUUUCGUGUGUUGGGUCCUUGAAUUCAGAAAGAAUUUGUGUACACAAAAAUCUGUGCUAUGCUAUUACUGCAGCACAAUUAGUAUUUUUGGUGGGUAUCAGAGCAGUUCAAAUUAAGAUAAUUUGUUCUAUUAUUGCGCUUUUAUUGCACUACUUUUACUCCGCUGUAUUUGUAUGGAUGUUGGUGGAAGGAAUGCUUCUGUAUAGUAAAGUGGUUCAAGUAUUCGGAUCGGAAAAGUCACGGAUAGUAUAUUACUACGCCUUUGGUUGGGGACUUCCUUUGAUAAUUCUCAUCAUAUCAGCCACAGCGAAUUGGAAAGGAUAUGGAACAGACCGAAGUUGCUGGUUGUCAAUGUCAGAUGGAACCGUUUGGGCUUUUGUUGGUCCAGCUGUGUCAAUCAUUCUUGUAAAUAUGGUCAUUUUAUGGAUUGUUAUCCGCAUCAUUAUUCAUCUAGAGAGAUCUGAUGAAUAUAAGCAGAUCAGGUCAAGUGUCAAAGGGGCCAUUUUUCUGCUUCCUCUGUUGGGUUUGACCUGGAUAUUUGGCCUCAUGGCUGUAAAUAAAGAUACAAUCAUAUUUCAAUAUCUCUUUGCUGUCUUUAAUUCGCUACAGGGUUUCUUCGUAUUCUUAUUCCACUGUGUUUGUAACUCUGAGGUAAGGCAGGCUCUUCAGAGAUUAAGAGAGAAGCGCAUUUUGUCGAGAGGAGAAUUUAUCACUAGUUCGGACAUACCAACUCAGACUGAUGCAGCCGUUUCUCCUUCAAACGAAGAAAAUAUUCUAAGACGAAAAUCGAGAUCAGUCAAACCUUACAAAACGUGUCCGCAUGUUCAAGUGACGUCAUUAACGCACGUGAAUAGCAAAGAAGAUAUUGAAACAAAAGAUAAAUUCCACUUAGAAAACCUCUUAAGCUUGAUACCUAACUGA